AUGGCGUCGUCUUCUCCCCGUCCACGUCCACACGAUGACUGGGGUGGCGCCCUUCCCCCAACCAGCCCAACCAAUCUCGCAGCAAACGCCAAACCCCUGGGCAACCCCUGGUCACAAACCGCCGUCCGCCAAGGCGUGUCGCAGCAAGCUAAGCAAUGGGCGUUUGGGAGAGCGCCUCCAGGCCUCCCUGGCCAAUCAUGGUCCAACCCGCGGCUUUUGCUAACCGCUUACAUCCAUGAUCCAUCCCGUCCAAACGGGACCCCGAAGACUUGGGACAACCGACAACCUCGCAUCCAGUCCGUUGUCGAGUUGGCCGCGAGUCCUUACAUGGCUCCUGGAGAAGGCGGAUAG